AUGAAGCUCCACUUUGGUGAGGUUUUGACUGUCGUAAUUUCCUCUCCAGAAGCAGCCAAAGAGGUUUUGCAUACUCAUGAGCUUGUUUUUGCACAAAGACCCCUCACACUUGGCCUUGAAGCAAUGUCGUUUGACCACCCGGGUGGUCUUGUCUCCUCUCCUUAUGGGGAGUACUGGCGCCAAAUGAGAAAAAUUUGUGUCGUUGAGCUGCUAAGUCCCAAGCGCGUGAUGUCCUUUCGAUCGGUCAGAGAAGAACAAGUUUGGAGCCUCAUUGAAUCCAUUUUUAUGUCCCGAAAAUCUAAUUCAUCGCUUAUCGCGAUUAACUUCAGUGAGAUGAUCAUUUCCAUGACAAUCGCGACGAUUUCGACGGUGGUCUAUGGGAAGAAGUGUAAGGGCCAUGAUGAGUACGUAUCAUCACUCAAAGAGUUGCUGACUUUCAGCACCGGAUUUACUCUUGCUGAUUGCUUUCCUUCCGUUAAACUCCUUGCUCAUGUGACUGGUAUAAAGGCUGCACUAAAGAGAAUACGGCAGAAGAUUUCCAAGAUUCUUGAUGCUAUCGUUGACGAGCAUAAGGAGAAGAUCAAGCACACGAGAGUGACGACGGAUGAAACGUCGGAGGAAGAUGAUUUACUUGAUGUGCUUUUGAGACUCCAACAAUCAAGUGAGCUCAAAUUUGGACUCACAACUAAUCAUAUAAAAACUGUGAUCAUGGAUAUUGUAGGUGCAGGAGGUGAAACUACAGCAACUGCCUUAGAAUGGGCAAUGUCAGAAGUAAUAAGGAAUCCAAGAGUAUUGGAAAAGGCACAAGCGGAAGUACGGAAUGCACUAGAAGGAAAAGUGAAAAUCAAGGAAGUUGACGUUCAGAAAUUGCAUUAUUUGGAAUGUGUCAUCAAAGAAACGCUACGAUUGCACCCUCCCGCGCCCUUGUUAGGCAGAGAAUCAAGGGAAAGAUGCCAAAUUCUAGGAUUUGACAUUCCUUACAAAACAAAGAUUGUCAUCAAUGCUUGGGCACUGGGAAGAGAUCCAGGGAUUUGGGACAAUGCAGACUGCUUUGAGCCGGAGAGAUUCUUGGAUUCGUCGGUCGAUCUAAAAGGGACCGACUUUGAGUUUGUUCCUUUCGGGGCUGGAAGGAGAAUGUGUCCUGGCAUACCGUUUUCUUUUCCAAACAUGGAACUAGUGCUUGCUCAGUUGCUGUAUCACUUUGACUGGCAACUCCCAAAUGGUGGCAAAAUGGAAGAACUAGACAUGUCUGAGGAGUAUAAAGUAAGUUGUAGGAGGAGGAAUGAUUUGUACUUAGUUGCCACUCCUGUUAUGCCUUUUAUCAAUUGA